AUGGCUAUCCAUAAUCGCUCUCCCAGCUCACCUACCCCGGACAAGAUAUUCCUCGAAGCAUGCGACAUUUAUUUCCGCCAUUGUCAUAACAAGCCAUAUGGUUUCUUUAAUUCAGACCUUUUUCAUCACAAGGCCACAAGAAAUCAAGUCCCUCUGUACCUCCGGCUCGCCCUGAUCGCUACCGCGACCCGCUACUCGUCCCGAUCGCAAUGGAAAGAACGGAAACAGAGCACGAUCGACGAUUAUGCUCGUUGCGCUUGGGAGCUGAUCACAACUUCGCCAGACGCGCUGGGUGAACAUGAUGAUGUGGCUGUCAUUCAGGCUUUGGCACUGCUUGCAGUAAUUGAUGCGACUGCCGGUCGACGUCGAAGCGCGUGGGUGAAGAUUGGAAUGGCAGUGCGCAUCAGCCAGGACCUGCAGAUGAUGCUGGAGCCUAGCUCUAGACUCUGUAAGAUGGAGAGAGAAGAGCGUCGGAAUCUCUUUUGGUCUUUGUACCUCCUGGAUCGCUUCGUGUGUUGCUCAUUUCAAAGACCGCCCGCUAUAAAGGAUUCAGAUUGUCUUCUGAAUCUGCCGACAUAUCAUGGUUCGGGUAAAAAGUCAGAUUCCACUACACUGAGUGGCCUCUUGGAUGAGAAAGUUCGAGAUAUGACCUUCAAACCAGGGAUGUUUGGUAUCAGCAUCGGCCUCGCUGCCGUUCUCGGGCGAACGAUCCAGUGCAUGAUGAACGAGGAGCCCACUAAAGAAGUACCAUGGCAUCCUGUCUCAGAGUACGGUUCCAUUUACACAGAUCUCGAAUUCCUGAAGGAGCUAGCCGUCAAAAAUAAUCCUGUUCUCGCCGAGCCUGGUCAGCCUCGGUCUCAUAAUGAUAUGCCAGACGGAGACCGUGAGCAGAUCGCACAUAUGGUUCUCUCGCACACAUUGUACCAUCUCUCUCACUGCAUCCUCAGUCAUCCAUUCCUUCUGGGUAUGAAAUUGCAGUCAUCGGCACAUUCCGACAUACCCUCCGCCUGGUUAGAAGAAACACGCAGCACAUCUUUGAUACAUGCCGGAUCCUUAGUUACAGUUCUUGUUGAAGCCAAAGCUGCCGGAUACAUGCCGGUUCCUUCUGUUUACAGCUACUGCAUUUUGGUCGCGAGUACAAUUCACGCAUUGCAUCUCCACAGAGAUGACAUCUCGACAAGCCGAAGCUCAGCAGAGUACUUGAGAACGUCACUCCAUUACUUGGGUGAAAUUUCCGAAUUAUGGAGCAAUGCUCAGAUGAUGGUAAUGAUCGCCUUGCUCCUCUCUUUCGACCACUAUACUAAUGAGCUUCAGGCCAACGCAUUAAAAGCCUUUGCUUUCCAAUGUGCACGAUACAGUGACAUACUUCUCCGCAACAACCCACGAGUUGAAGAACUCACCGAAACCGAAAUGACAAUCCUCAAAUCAGUAGUAGAUUAUUGGACAAUGAUGGACCCUCAGAACCCCGUCUUUGAUCUGAUACCAUCAGACCCCGACAACUUCUCGGAUAUUUUCGAAAAAGGCCAUGGUUACUUGACUCCUCCUUCUCCUGCUUUGGUCGAUGAAAUUACACUUGGAGUAAGCAUGCCUGGUUUUAUUGUACACAAGGGACACUCCGCGAAUGUGGACCCUGAUAUUUUGGUUCGCGUUCCGCUUUCGGCGAUGUCGCCUAUUGCUUCUGACGAUGGAAGGGAGCCUGGAUGGGAUUGGGAGACUGAGUUGAAUGCUAUUCAUGAAUAA